GUGGGGGAAAAAAAUGAAAAGUAAAGGCAAAGACUUUGUGACUUGUGAGCCAAACACCAUCAACUCUCUGUGUGCCUCCAUUCUUUGCGGAACGCCAACAUGGUGUACAUACAUAUGUAAUUGGCAUAUUCUGUUUGAAUUGUCAAAAUAUAGAGCUUAGAGGUGCGCUUACAGCAAGAUCCCUUCCUCAAUGAACUCACUAACAUGUUUGAGCGGACUACAGACAAAGGAUCUGUUUGGGUUACACUCAAACACUCUUCGGACAAGUCUAAGGUGCAGAGGAAUAAGAUGAAGACAUAUGGGGAAAAGAUUGAGUACAAAUGCCUUGUUCGAGCAACUGAUGGCAAGAAGACCAUUUCCACCGUGGUCGGUCCAAAAGAUCACCAGCGCUUUCAAGCUAGCUAUGCAACUAUCUUGAAAGCCCGGAUGACUGCUGUUACGCCUCAUUUUACGAGCCUCGAUACCGAAGUGUCAUCUCACCACCGAGGCCAAGAUCAAAUAGACCACUCCGACCUUCCCGAAGCUUCUCCGAAGUGAUACAUCGAUUCCUACUAUUGAUCUGCCCAAGUAUCCCACCUCCCAGGUCGGGUUCAGGUGGACCCCGGUUAGAAGAUCCGCCGCCAAUUUAAGAUUUGUUCUGCAUAUAAGGUUUAAAUUGAUUUGACAUCCCCAUGAGGCUAUUUGAUGUGACUUAUCAACUUUAUGUCAAUUCAACUCGGAGGAAACAAACUGUCCGCCCACUCUACAAGCGCGGCUGAUUGACGCCUAUGAGCAGACGCUUCAUACCGUCAAAUGUAUACACGUAUUCCACAUCCCACGGUUCAUACCACCUAUAAAUACCCAAAGUUUGGCAAGAGGCAAAGGUAAUGAAACUCUCAAUACAUAGCAUUCCAUAACAAGUUUAUAUAUUCUCCUCCCCCUUUAUUGAUUGAUUUGUGUAGCCCUAGGGCACUGCUCCGACCACCCAAACCUGACUUGACCGUCGGAGUGUAUACGGCCGCCACCCCCGUCGGUUCCGGCCGUAUGCGCCUGACCAUUUGUUCAUUUCGCAGGGAGGAAUACGUGAAGUAGCUACAAGUUGGCCACGUGGAGGAGCCAUUUUUGGAGGUCAACAGUUUGGCACCGUCUGUGGGAAGCUCAUUCCCCAUUUGAAGUUUUACGUUCCCCAUCGGAGAAGACACCGGAAAACCGACGACUGACCCUGAAAAGGGGGCAUUCUUGAAAAAGAACAAAAGUCGAAUUACAAUCCAAGUUCUUACUACCCUUGAAAGAAGAGGUAGGAUGAGCUACAGCCGUGAAGACAAACCCAUCAGAGAGGCCUCUGAAGAAGAGGUACUCCAUAACAAUGUUGCUCAUCAGAGACCGCAUCACCGGCGUCGACGAGGCGAAAGAACAGCCAUGCUCACUGAAGGAAUGGCCCAGAUAGCUGCGGGCAUGAGAGACAUAGCAGCUCAGAAUAUGGCGAUGCGGGAACUUCUCAUGCAAGCCCAGGGACACCAGAUGCCCCAAGGAUCUUAUCCGGUACAGGAAAUCCCUUUGUCGCAUUCU